AUGCAUUCCCCUCCCUUCUCCAGCACCGCCGCCGUCCCCGGCGACGACGAGAUCGCGUUCCAACUACUGCCCAUAAUCCGCGUUUACAAAAGCGGCCGCGUGGAACGCCUGUGCGGCACCAGCACCAUUCCCGCCUCCUUCGACCCCACGACCAAUGUCUCCUCCAAAGAUAUCAUCAUCAACAGCGAAAUCUCUGCUCGCCUCUAUAUCCCAACCACCACCGCCGCAUCACUCCAAAAGCUCCCCAUUCUCGUCUACUUCCACGGCGGCGCCUUCUUAAUCGAAUCAGCCUUCUCCCCAACAUAUCACCCCCACCUCAACAACCUCGCCUCCUUCGGCCAACUCCUCGCCGUCUCAAUCAACUACCGCCUCGCCCCGGAAAACCCUCUUCCCGUCGCCUACCACGAUUCCUGGGCCGGCUUACAAUGGGUGAUCUCUCGGGCCGACCCGUGGCUUUCCGAACGCGGGGAUUUUAGCCGGAUUUACAUAGCGGGGGAUAGCGCGGGGGCGAACAUCGCGCAUCAGAUGGCGGUGCGGGCGGGGGCGGAGGGGGUGAAGAUGAUCAAAGGGAUGGCUUUGGUGGACGCCUAUUUCUGGGGAGAAGAGCCGGUGGGUUCGGAGGAUAGAGAUAUCGGGUUUCGGGCCGACAUGGAACGGAUGUGGCGGUUUCUUUGCCCGGGAACGAGCGGGCUGGAUGACCCGAGAAUGAACCCGGUGGCGGAUGCGGCGCCGGGUUUGGCCGGACUGGGGUGCGAGCGGGUGCUUGUGGUGGUGGCGGAGAAGGAUGUGCUGUGGAGCAGAGGAAAGCUUUACUACGACAAGCUGAAGUCGAGCGGGUGGAGCGGUGAGGUUCAGCUUAUUGAUACGCCCGACGCCGAACACGAUUUUCAUAUCUUUGAGCCGCACACGGAGAAGGCGUUGGCCGUUACGAAGCAGUUGGCCGCUUUCUUCGUCUGAUU